AUGAUGGAAUACUUCACCUCCAAGCGAGCUAGAUCCAAGUCACCAGCGCCUCAGACACAGGUUGAGACUCCUGUCCUGAAUGAAGAGGACGAAGCAUUCCUUGCGCGUAUAGAGACUGAGGGUACACCGCCCGAGUUGCCUGCACGUCCUGCUCCACCUUUACCCACUCGUCCCCAAGAUCUUCCCCACGUUGGUGAGACUGAAGGCAACAAUGCUCAAAUCGCACUCUUGGACGGCUCGCAAAACAUAGCUCUACCAGAUGUCCCAGACACCCCAGAUGACGUCCUCACCACCGCCGAACCUGACGAUAUCGACGAAGGAAAUGCGAAAGGAAAGCAAAAGGAGGGCAAGAAAUCCAAGUGGAGCUUCCUACGGAGAGACUCCAGAGAUGUCAAGCGCAAAAACAAAGAAGCUACAGCAACGGACCUGAUGAGCGCGGCAGAGGGCUUAAAAACAGCCGAUGCCCAGCCCAACGAGGAUCACACCGUUUCUGAUACGGAAGAGAAGAAAGAAGAAGAAGAGAUGAGCUCCGUUCUGGAGCAACUAAAUCUGGCAGCAGUCAACAAUCGCGUAUUCUCUGUUUCGAAAGAAUCUCAAGAGCUCCUCCGCAAAUUCACCCUCGUCCUCAAAGACCUUACAAAUGGCGUCCCUACGGCCUAUGGCGACCUUGAAUCCCUUCUCACAAAUUCCGAAGAUCAAAUCCAGCGUACAUACACACACCUCCCACCUUGGCUUCAGAAGCUUGUCGAACAACUCCCGUCAAAGAUGACCAAAACGAUUGGGCCAGAGAUGCUUGCAGCAGCUGCUGAAAAGCAUGGAAUCAACUCUAAGUAUGCCAAUAUGGCUGCUAGUGGUGCGUCCAGGGCAGGAUUGAAGGUCAGGGUACCAAGUCUGAAGGACCUUGUCACCAAACCCGGUGCUGUGGCUGCCAUGCUGAAAACGAUUAUGAACUUUUUGAAGCUCAGAUUUCCCGCCUUUUUGGGCAUGAACGUUCUCUACUCGCUCGCUUUGUUCGUCCUUCUUUUCGUCUUCUGGUACUGCCACAAACGCGGCAAAGAGGUUCGUCUUGAAAAGGAGCGGCUGCUCACAGAAGCGGAAAUCGCUGCUCUGGACGACGACGCGCCCACCACCUCCUCAAAUGCGCCACCAACGACCACCGCCCCGACUGGCGCACCUAUCGAACAGGUAGAGGCGGGGAUGAGAGAGGCUGAGGCAGUGGAGCAGCAGCAGGGGGGGGAGGGGCCAGUCCGCGGAGGAUGGCUCAUUAGCUCAAGAGCUAAGGAGAGAGGAGCGUGA